AUGGACAGAGAAAGGAGAACGCACGAAAUAUUUGCAGGGGCCACAUUCAAUGACUCCCCAGACCCCUCAACUCUCCCUGCGCCAAAUAUACCCGAGGGGUACGUCGUGCAAAAGAAGAAAGAAAAGGAGAAGCCAAAGAAGCCGAAGAAGGGAGGGCCGAAGAAUAAAUAG